AUGCCUCAGGAAACGCCAAACUUGUACACUCUAAUCUUCACUCUACUUGGGCAUACAGAUGGCAUUACCUGUUUGUCAUUCGCGCCUCAAGGCGACCUUCUUGCCAGCGGUGGGGAUGAUGGAAACAUCAUUAUUUGGGAUGUAGAACUCGGCAAGAUACUACACCGCAUCAUUGCUCGUUGUGUAAUCACGACUCUUGCUUGGGAUCCAUCAAGGUGGAGAAGACGGCUUUUCGUUGGGGGCGCUGAUGGUUUAUUAGCCGUUGUGGAAAAUAUCGAGGAUCGGGAACCUGUUCACUCUGUUCUGACAGGAGUGCGGGCGCCAGUUUAUGCAAUUGCUAUCGACUCACAUACUAGCCACCUUGCGAUUGGAGUCGGUUCUGAGGUACACAUAGCCAAAGAAGUCAGUUACAGGAAGUACGCAACUUUCAAGAUUUUGCCCAUGCCUCCAGAGCUGCCAUCUCCUUUGAAACCAAAGGAGCAGGUUGAUAACCGGGUCCGCGCACGCUCCCUCACUUUCAAGAAUUUCGGAAGAGAGCUUGUCGUUGCAUACUUGAACCAUGGGGUUGUAUGCUGGCACAUCGGGAGUGACUCAGAUCAUGAUACUCAGAGGUGGCGUAUUAGCCCUAUUCAUCCGCAUCAAUUAAUUGGUCACGGCGCUCUUUCACCUGAUGAAUCCUUGGUUUUACUAUCGAACCUCUCUGAUGGACUUGAUCUGUACGCAGUUGGUCACAAUCAUCCAGUGAAGAGCUUCAAGUUCUCAUCAAAUGGAGGGGCCAAUCUUCCAGUGCAAGUAUCUUUUGUGGAACGUGGGCGGGGGAUAUUGGGUGGAUCUUCUGAAGGAAAUGUUCAUGUUUGGGGUUUAGCAUCAACAGAAAGCCGCCAGGUUCUAGAACACGAUGGUUGCGUAGUGCAGGCUGUUACUGCCUUUGACUACUUUGGUUAUUCAAUUAUCGUCACCGCCACCUCCCAUAACCCCCGUUCGACCUACAUCAAGUUAUGGAAAUCAACCAGAAGUGAGGCGCUGACUUGGCAUCGAAUGGAGGGACUACGCUCUAUAUAUCACCUCUACUGUGGCGCUGGCUUUCGCGCGUUCAACCGGCCGUUGAUAUAUUUCUGUGCACUCGGAGUUUUGCUCAUCAGCUACAUGCUAGUUAACAGUCCUAGCGCUGUUUCGCGUUCUGCCGACAGAGCCUCACAAUAUUGGUCACUGGCGGACCCGGCAUUACAUUCAUUUUCUGUCUGGUGGAGCGGCCUGCCAUCUGCACGUCAACUUCUUCUUUCCAUAGUCGAAUCGUUCUACAACUGGCUAAAGGAGGAUUUGAGUGCGUUAGUGUACAUCGACAAUAUGAGCUCGCAUCGCGUGAAUCACUUGUGUGGGAUCAAUCGUUCCAUGCUUACUAUUGGAACAGAAUUGACCAGAUUAGUACGAGGCAUGCAUUCUCAAUAUCGACUCGAUGCAAAUAUUAACGCACAACUCGAGAUAGCAUCCUCCUCUCGAAUUCGAGUGGAACUUGAAGACCUCGCGGCAUCUUCGUCAGUUUUGUUCCACAUACUCCAUAUACCCUAG